ACAUGUGCGCGAGUUCACAGCAGUAUGAGUGGCACAUGUUCUCUGGUAACUUUAGUACAUUAAAGCCUCUAUAUAUUUACUGAGUGUUCUAAAGAAGAGUCGGAAAAUUUGAGGAACGCGGUUUUGUUAAACUCAGUGCUGUAGCACAACCUUAUAAGUGUCAAGCAUGGGAAGGAAGUUGGAUCCCACUAUUAAGGUGAAAAGAGGACCAGGACGUAAGGCCAGGAAACAGAAAGGAGCAGAAACUGAGCUCUCCAAGUUUUUGGCUGAUGAUGAGGGGCCAAAAAAACUUUCAAGCAGAGCAAGGAAACGAGCUGCAAAGAGAGCCCAGGUUACCAAUCAGCUCAAAGAGCCUAAACAAGAGGAAAAGCCCAAAAAAGGUUUUUCUGAUGAGAAUAAAGAGUGGCUGAAACCUGCACAGAGGAAGCGAAAGAUUGAACAAUCUGAGGAAGAUGAGGAUAGUGACAGCCAAUGGGAAGAUGAUGAUGAUGAUGAUGAUGAUGAUGUCGAUAAUGAGCAGACAUUUGAUCACAAGGAUAUAAAGAAUGAAGAUGAUGAUGAUAAAGAUAUGGUUGAUGACUAUGGUGCUGAUGAAGGUGAUGAAAAAGACAGCGAUGGAGAAGAGCUGCUGCCUAUAGAAAAAGCUGCAAGAAAACAGAAAAAACAAACAAGCAUGAAACCAGAAAGUGAUGAUGAUGAUGACGAGGAGGAGGAGGAGGAGGAUGACGAUGAUUACAAAGAAGAGGAAAAGGAUGAUAGUGAGGAGGAGGAAGAGGAUACUGUUCAAGCAAAUAUUGAUACCACAGAAAAAUUCAAACUUCCUGGUGCUGCAGACAGAGCUAAGGAGGGUCUUUUACCGAUGGACCUGAAGACCAUCCAUCAGAGGAUUAAAGAUAAUGUGGACGUACUGUCUAACUUCAAUGAGAAGAGAGAAGAAGGCAAGGAGAGAUCUGAGUAUCUGUCUCUACUACGUGCCGACCUCUGCACUUAUUACAGCUACAACCAGUUCCUCAUCAGCAAACUCAUGGAUCUUUUCUCUCUUUCUGAGCUGAUUGAUUUUCUUGAGGCCAAUGAAGUUCAUAGGCCGGUCACCAUCAGAACCAAUACCCUAAAAACCAGGAGGAGAGACCUGGCUCAGGCUCUGAUUAACAGAGGAGUAAACCUGGAUCCAUUGGGGAAAUGGUCAAAAGUGGGGCUGGUUAUCUAUGACUCCUCUGUUCCCAUAGGAGCAACUCCUGAAUAUUUGGCAGGCCAUUACAUGUUACAAGGCGCAUCUUCUUUUUUGCCUGUAAUGGCUCUGUCUCCCCAGGAGGGGGAGUCCGUGUUGGAUAUGAGCGCCGCUCCUGGAGGCAAGACCACUUAUAUGGCUCAGCUCAUGAGGAAUACUGGCAUGAUCGUGGCUAAUGACGCAAAUGUAGACAGACUGAAGAGUGUGGUGGGAAACAUCCAUCGCCUCGGUGUCACCAACGCUGUCAUAUGCAACUAUGACGGCAGACAGUUCCCAAAGGUAAUGGGAGGAUUCGACAGAGUGCUUUUGGAUGCUCCUUGCUCAGGUACUGGAGUCAUUUCCAAAGAUCCAGCAGUGAAAACCGGCAAGGAUGAGGCUGAUAUUCUUCGUUCAGCUCAUUUGCAGAAGGAGCUCAUUCUGUCUGCUAUCGACUCUGUCAAUGCUGAUUCUCAGACUGGUGGAUACCUUGUUUACUGCACAUGCUCUAUUAUGGUGGAAGAGAAUGAGUGGGUGGUAGAUUAUGCUUUGAAGAAGAGAAAUGUUAAGCUUGUCCCCACUGGAUUGGACUUUGGCAAAGAGGGAUUUACCAGAUUCAAAGAGAAACGUUUCCAUCCUUCUCUUAAACUGUCUCGACGAUUCUACCCUCACUCUCACAACAUGGAUGGGUUUUUUGUGGCCAAGCUAAAGAAGCUGUCUAACACCAUCCCUACUGCUCCAAAAGAAACAGAAAAUCAAGAAGAAUCACUUGUAAUGGAGACUGCAGCUUCAUCAGAGAUGAAAGAACAGAAGCCUGCUUCAACUCCAGAAAAAAGCAGCUUUGAAAAGAAACAGAAAUUGAAUCCUCAAACAUCCAAGCCACUCAUCGUUAAAAAGAAAGCUGAGAAUAAAAAAACUGGCCCCAAAAAAGCCAAAAUUGCCAAGCUGGAUAGUGAAGCUGCAAAAAAGUUUGAGAAACCUAGCAAAAAACAGAAGGGAAAGCAAAUGAAUGGCAAUCCAACAACAGAGGGGAUAAAGGAGAAGAAAGAGGGCAGUCCAUUCAAGAAGAAAGAAAACAAAACCAAAAAGAAGAACCUGCUGAAGAAAAAGAAGAACAGAAUGGGGAAAAACAAAUUUAAGAAGUUAAAAAGUAUGCUUGGACAGCAAGAAAGUGGCCAGUGAACUUUAGUCAUCUGACAGUAAAUUGACAUGGACCUAUAUGCUCAGGACUGGGAUCUGUCAGUGGUUUGACCCAAGACAGUAAGUUAAACCAGUCCCAGCUUGCUGUUGGGGACUCAAAGAUCAUUCUUUAGUAACUUACACAGUGAAUUUGUGUAUUUAUACUGCUUUUCAAGACUGUCAACCUUACUGAUUCACCAAGAAGGUUACUUCAACCUUCUUGUGAUAUAAAUGUCAUAAAUGUAAAUGUCAUUGUCUGCUUUUGAUUCGUAAACGAAGAAACAUUUAACAGAAAUGCUGCAAAGAAUGUGAUAUGCCAGUUUUUUUCAUUACACUUAUUAAAAAAAAAGUAAAAAAUA